UUGAACACUACAUUUACGUUUACAAAGGGUUCAAGCCUUCUCAGUUCUCACCAUAGGAGAGACUUUUUUACACAUUUUGAUUCCUCAUUCAUUCCAGGAUAUCUAUCAUCUUGCUCCAUGGGUUUCAGUAUCAGACACAUGGCUAUUACUGUGGUGGCACUUGGUAUUACGGCCUUCACUUUUGGAAUUCUUGCUGAGCAAAACAAGCCUGAUUCUGGGAAGUCGCUCAAUUCCAAUGGAGUCAUUACCUGCAAAUAUCCCUCAGACCCAUCCCCCAUUUAUGGCUUCCUCUCUAUUGCAUUCCUCACUGCAUCUUCAGUCAUUGGCUCCUACUCCAUUUUUCAUCCUUACAAAGGAAGAAGUGUUCCUCUGAAGGAUCUAUUUUGCAGCACUACAAUGCUUGUGUUUUUCCAAAUUGCUGUAUGGGUGUCCUUCUUGGCUGAAGGGAUGCUGGUAUGGACAACAGUUGCUGAGCUCGUGCACUUGACUAACAAUGUGCAUCGUGACGCGAACACUAAAUGUCCCACAGCCAAGACUGGUCUCUUUGGGGGUGCUGCCUUUAUGGCUCUCAAUGCUUCCCUCUUUUGGUUGGUUUGCCUCAUGCUCGCUGAUAAUGCUAGAGAUGAUUACUUUAAUGAAGAUGAAGAGAAUCACGAAGGUCAUUAUGGUCAGGUUCUCACUGCAGACUAUGACGUUAAGGAACAAGCCAAAGUUUGAAACAUACCCUGAUGGAUCUGGCAUUAUACUAUGACGACAUAUCUCCAGUAUAAUUGCACUUUGGUGUGUAUCCAGAAGAACUUUUAUUUCCGUAUCCUGUGGCGUUUUAGCUUUCUAGAAUAACGUGUAAUUCUGUACUGUAACAUUUCUAAUCGGAGGCCAUUUGAGCAACUUCAUAUUUCACCAAACCAAGCCAAUAAAUCAGAUAACUUGCUACCUUUGGCAUUUAUAGUAAACUAAGGCAUACAUCCCGCCAAAUCCCAAUAACCAAUAGGGAACCCCAUAAUAAGGAUUAUCUCCAUUUAUCUACUGAAGGAACACCUCUAGUUCCCUAUAACAAGGAGUACAACUAUAAAACCUAAAGUAGUCAGAUCACUU